GGAAAAGCUCAUGUCUGAAUGUUUCCUUCCACAGAGACCGCUCUGAGCUCCCUAAAGCAGCCGCACACAGACAGUGCCCCGGUGGCACCGUCGCCGCACCAGCGGAGAGACUCGGACCGGUACUGCCAGCUCUGCGCAGCCUGGUUCAACAACCCCAUGAUGGCACAGCAGCACUACGACGGCAAAAAGCACAAGAAGAACGCGGCCAGGGCCGACCUCCUGGAGCAGCUGGGGAAGACCCUGGACCUGGGAGAGCUGCGAGGCCUGAAGCGCAGCUACACGUGCAGCAUCUGCAGCGUCACCCUGAACUCCAUAGAGCAGUACCACGCGCACCUGAAGGGCUCCAAGCACCAGACCAACCUGAAGAACCAGUAGUAGUUCAUGAGUCGAGACGAGGAGAACCACCGAGGCUUCUUCUGCGGCGAGGAGCUGGUCAGCGGGGAGAGGAUGUUUUCUGGGACAGUGAUCCUGUGUGGAUUGAGAAUUAACAUGUAACUAACCUUCGCUUUGGACAAAUUCUUGGAUUUAUUUUUUUUUUUUUUUAAUUUUCUGGUGAGUUAAAAUAUUUCAAUGGAUUUUUUUACCCUUUCAAGAUAAUAUUUAUUCAGCACAGAGUCUAGAGUACGAUAACUAUCCUGUAAAUACAGCACUUAAUCAUCACUCAUCUUCAGAGACAGUGGAAACAAAAUAUUUUACUUUUUCAUAUUUAUUCUUAGAUUUCUCCCUCGAGUAUAAAAUUAUUCUAUUACAUUAUCCAUGAUAGUGAUGUAAUCAGUCUUCAAUCAGAAAUAAACAUACUUUCUUCACCUUCUCCAGCAUGGUUUGUGUCAACACAUACAGAGCAGCAAAAAAAUGGAUCAUGGGGAUUGUAUAACGGAUGGAUUUUUUUCCUUUCCUCUUUGUCUUCAGAGAAAAAAUGGUUCACUGAGCAAAGAAAACUAAAA